CAAAAGGAUGACUCACACCUCUGCCUUGCUGACAGCGCAGCCUUGUUGGAACAGGGAAGUGGCCGUCCACCAACCAUCACUACUCCAUCUAUAUGGACCAUCCAGGGUUGCUCCAGAGGCACCAGCAGCUUCAAAUAUCUGUUUGCUGCUAUGUAAUGGUAUUUUAGCAGCUGCUCUCUUGAUCCGAUGCAUGGAUCUGGCAGAAAUCUUCCUCAAUGUGCCUUUAUCUGCACCAACCCGUCUGUGCUCUGAAAUCAGCCACAAAUCUCUUAAUAGUGCGAUGAUCACGCUUACGUUUUUUGUGAAAUAUCUAAUGUUUUCAUUACCUCGUCCAAGGCACUGAACUAUUUCACUCUUUUCAGCAGCAGAGAGAUCCUUUUUCUUCCCCAU